GUGGAUUUUUCCCCGAAAAUACUGCCUCGUCGAUUCAACUCAACAAAUCGCUACACCCGUAUAUAUGUAACAAUAAUAACAUAACACAGACACUCUCCCUCCUACUCCUAAUAGUGCAAACUCGUACCCAGUAAAAAAAAAAUGCCUAAAUCAUUGCUGGUAAGACGAAAUCGGUCGAAAGGCGUAUCGUACAACCACCACCAUGACGACCACCACGGCGACGACGACCACGACGUUCCCACCCGUUUAAUCGAUGUCAUAACCGACACCACCACCGCCACCACCACCACUACUACUACCACCACCACCGCUGCUAUUUCCUCUACCGACAACAUCACCGCUGCCAUCACGACUACCCACACCACUGCUGACGACGUCAUCAAUCAAGGAUAUCAAUGUCUGCCAAUACCGUUAGAACCCGGAUGUCGUGAUCACGAUGAUAAUAAUAAUAAUGUGACGAAGCCAACGAUUGGAUGCAGCAGUUUUAUGGACAUUUGCUGUGGAAAUUUACCAAAUUUUCAGGAAAAUUUCAAUACGAAAAAUAACAAACAUUCUAGAAGUGAUUUGCGUGAAAUUAAGGACAGUUUAUAUUCCAACAACCCCGGUGAUAAUCAGAAUGACAGUCAGACGGACCCAGAUACAUUACAGACCGACGGUAAUUUACGGGAAAUGUGUUUCCUGAACAAAUUUAAGGAGAUGCCGUAUUUACAGGUGGCGCUGGUAAACGGUGGCAGUGGCUUUAGAAACCCAUUGUUAUCAGCAGUUCGACUGGAAAUCAACGCAACAAGUAAAUUCAGCGAGAAAACCACAGACGAGAAGUUCCGCUGCAGCCUCUGCUCCAAAACGUUCCACACCCAACGUCUUCUCAAUCGACACAUAAAGUCACACAGCAACAUCAAACAGUACCUCUGUUCCUACUGCGGUAAAGGAUUCAACGAUACUUUUGAUCUGAAGAGACACACCAGAAUACAUACAGGAGUCCGCCCAUUCAAGUGCGAGUUGUGCGGGAAAUCUUUCACGCAGCGCUGUUCCCUGGAAUCUCACGGCCGGAAAGUGCACGGCCAGUCGGUCAGCUACGGCCACAAAGAGCGGCGUACCAAACUCUAUGUGUGUGAGGAUUGCGGGAACACGACAGACAGACCAGAAAACCAUUACCGACAUCUCAAACGCAAUCAUCCUUACAACCCGGUGUUAUCGAAAUUCUACGAUAAGAGACAGUUCAAGUUCACGGAUGAUCAAAUGCCGUUCAUUCUGUGUGAAAAUUCUUGAAGCAUCAAAUGGGUGAUGUGGAUGGAAUGCAGCGAAAGUAUUAAAGGUUGUGUGAGGAGAUGGUUCGGGUUAUGAUAGCGGUGACUAUGAUGCUCCUGGUUGAGCCGAUUAACCACGUUUGACGAAUAUUACAAACAGGAGUAUCUAAAAUGUAUUAUAUUGAAAGUACGAAGAACAAAAUUUGUGUAUGUUGUUGUUGUUAAAACAUAUGUUGUUUUGCACGUAUGAAUGUAAGCAUGCAUGCAUGCAUGUGUGUGUGUGUGUGUGUGUGUGUGUGUGUGUGUGUGUGUGUGUGUGUGCGUGUGUGUGUGUGUGUGUACACACAAAUAUAUACAUAUAUAUGUGUGCAUGCGCGCGCGUUUAUGUGUGUACAUAAUACUAAAUGUAAAGUAAAAUAUAGUAUUUUAUUGGAGCUGAAAAACUUAACAAACUAUUACUGAGGGUUUCACGUAAGAGAUCAUCAGACAGAAUUGACCUUUUGGAACAAUACAAAGGUUUAUAAAGGUUUACAAACGGUGCAGUAAUAAUUAUUUGGUAAAUCGUCAAAUAAACAUUUAACGCUGAUUGGACAGGUAGUUAUGGAAUUUCAAAAUUAAUGGAACCUGAUGGAUUAUAAGAUUGACCAUUGACGAGAAACAAUACCUAAUAAAUUUGUAAAAGGUGAGUUAAAAUGAGAAAUGUAAACUGUAUUAUGUAGAGCAUAUGUUAAUCUACAAUUAUGAU